CGCCCCCGUUGAAAAAGAUCAGUGUAGAUUCAAGAGACGUUUUUAAAGGUUACUAUCCAUGGCUACAACAAAUGUGUGAUUUUUACCAUUAGUUAUAGCAAACGCUGAAGGGGACUGUGAUGUUUACUCUUAAUACCACGUGAAUAUUAUGCAAAUUAUAGUCCUGUAUGGAUUUUUGGAUGAUGAUGGUGACGAUGAUGACCACGAUGAUCGUGGUGGUUGUGGAGGUGGUGGCGAUGAUGAGUGAUGAGAGAUAUAAUACCAGAAAUAAUUGCUUCCGAGAGAGAGAGCGAUGCUAAAUAGAUCAAAGAAGGAAAAAGUCGUGAAAAUUAGAGAAGUAAAACGUGCCGAGAUUUUCCAGAGUUACGGUUUUAUUGGAGAGAGAGAGAAAGAGAGAGAGAGCGGCGCGAUGACAGCGUUUGUCCUUCCUGGACUCAGUUUUGUCACCGGCUGAAGGCAGUACGGGCGACGGACGAAGAAACUUGAGACAGUCACACCGAGAUCCGACAUUCACAGGGUGUUCAGCUCUCAGUGGGAAACUGAAUGAGACGCUUCACAAGAGGAGCGGGAAAAAACCAGCAGAGAGAGGCUCGGUGAGAUAGAGAAGAUAUUUAACAGCGGGAAGGAGAGAGAAGGACUGAGUGACACCUGCCCUCCAGCUGAGCGUGAAGGGCAUCGAAUGGGAGAGUGAGAGGAGGGGCAUGAAAAGAGGGAAAACAGAGGAGAGAAUGAAGACAGCUCGAAAACAAGGCCUUCCUUACAGCAAACCUCACUCAAAUUAGGACAUCUUACCACAAGACAAGAUGAUUACAAGAAAUAUGCUCCUAUUGGUUUCCCUGUGCCUGUGGGAGGGGCUGGUGGUUGGUGCCUUGGCCAGUAAGAUUGUACGAAGGAGAGGAGUGGGUGGAUCGUACAUGAUGAAGCUAGGGGAGAGCAGAGCUGUAGACCAGUGGGAUGUGAACGCGGAUGCAAAUGCAAUGCCUCUUAGAAACCUGAUUAGUCAUGAGCAAGCUGGUGACACUGGAUCUUUUUAUUAUUCCAAAAUACUGCAGAAUCAUGCUGCUCCAUCUGUAGCUAACAAGGAGAUGAAAGCUUUCAAGCCUAAGCGUGAGGUUGACUCUGUCAGUAAAAAAGAAGCAAGUCCACGCAUAUUACUCAGUAACAAGGAGUUAAACCGGGAUGUGAAAAAUGUUAAGAACAACACCAAGAAUGCUGAGACUUUGAGCAAAACAGGAAGGACAGAGAAAACCUUCACAAUCCAUCACAAGCCUGAUCUGCACCCCAAUAAAACCAGGUUUAAAUCAGGCUCGAGGUCCAGAAGCAGACCUGAUCUGAGUGCUACAGGUGUGGGCUUCAACACAGAUCCAACCCGAAAGCUGAACCUCACUGGCAGUUAUGGGGUGCUGAAGCUUCUGUCAAAAGAGAACCUAGUUAGGAUUGUCAAUUCCCAAAUGCAGAGCAUUUCAAGCCUGAGCUUUCCGAGCAAGGGCAGCCGGAGCAGGAAGAGGGACUUGAUUGACGUUAAUCACAGACAGUUAGAGGCACAGAAAGUGCCGAGACAAGAUAUGGCUGUCACUCUGUCUCACAAUGGAUUUGAUAAUCAGACUGAAUUUCCUUAUGUAAGCCCAGUCACCACUCUGGAUCUUACUCCAGAUCAGGGUGCUGACACUCACAUUCAUCAGCUAAGUGAAGUCAACUCAGCUUUAGGUAAAGGGCAGGACAACUUGGAAACACAAGGUUCGAACAGUAGCGAUAAUAAGAACAAACACCUUGUUCAUGUGCUGUCAACACCUCGCAGCGAAGUCAGUCUCAGUCCAGAAAAAGAAGCAAUGAUCAGUCGAACAGAGCCACCGUUCACAUCGACGAAACAUCUUCCACUGUAUGUUCCCUCAGAAACAAAUGAUUCCCCUCCAUCUGCACUGACAGCGCAGCCCCUGGGAGUAAGACCGGGGAACAAAGCUGCAGAUUCCCAUAGAGACCCAUUAACAGAGUCAGUUCACACUGCUCAAACAGAACUCAGCACAGCUCAGUACCCUGCAGAUCAAGACAACAAACUUGCCAACAGCAGUCACGUCCUCAGGCUCCACCCAGCACCCCAAUGGAGCCACAGUACAAAAGACGCUGAGAUGCAAGCUGUCGAUCCGGAAAAUGGAAAAGGCCUUGUGUUCGAAGAAGCAGAGUCAGAGGUGAAAGAGGAGGCGCAUGACCGUAAGCAGGCCAAGGGGUCACGCUCUCGCAGUAGGCGGAGCUGGAUCUGGAACCAGUUCUUUGUGAUUGAAGAAUAUGCCGGGCCUGAACCUGUGCUCAUCGGACGGCUCCACACCGACAUGGACAGAAAUGAUGGACGCACUAAGUAUGUCCUGCGAGGCGAGGGGGCAGGCUCGGUCUUUGUGAUAGACGAGAAGACGGGCAACAUUCACGUCACCAAGCCACUGGACCGUGAGGAGAAGGACGAGUACCGUCUCAUUGCCACAGCCACCGACAGGCAGACAGACCGUGCCCUGGAGCCCUCGUCACAGUUCAUAAUUCGGGUGCAGGACAUCAAUGACAACCCACCUGUUUUUGACGAAGGUCCUUACACCGCCACUGUGCCUGAGAUGGCAAAUAUAGGCACGUCUAUAAUCCAGGUGACAGCCACAGAUGCUGAUGACCCGACUUACGGGAACAGCGCCAAGCUAGUGUACACACUAGUGCAGGGCCAACAGUAUUUCUCUGUUGAUCCGCAGACAGGUAUUCUGCGUACAGCUGUACCUGACAUGGACAGGGAGACCCAGGACCAGUACCUGGUGGUGCUUCAGGCCAAGGACAUGGGGGGCCACCUGGGUGGAUUAUCAGGGACCACCACCGUCACUGUCAGGCUCACUGACGUCAAUGACAACCCCCCACGCUUCACCCAGAGUAUGUGGUCCUUCUCUGUUUCCGAGCUGGCUAUCCCGGGCGCCGAGAUAGGGCGUAUCUCAGCGACAGACGCCGACCUCAGUGAGAACGCCAAGUUGGAAUAUACCAUCUUGGAGGGGGAGACCGGGGACACGUUCAACAUCACCGGAGUGAACCAAGAGGCGGUGAUUACACUGAACAAGGCUGUAGACUAUGAGAGCCGGAGCUCCUACUCUUUCUCUGUGGAGGUCCUCAACCCCAUAGUGGACCCUCGCUUCCUGCGUCGGGGCCCCUUUAAGGACCGGGCCUCCAUCAGAGUAGCGGUGCUGGAUGCAGACGAGCCGCCGAGGUUCUCUCGAGCGCGAUAUCACAUGGAUGUGUCUGAGAACUGCCCACCAGCCUGCACCGUGGGCCGAGUCAGUGCUGUGGACCCUGAUACUGGUCUAACCAAUAAUAUCAGGUUCUCCAUUGAUCCUCAGUCAGACCCAGAGGCUCUGUUUCGUAUCACCCCAGACACGGGUCUCAUCACCACCGCCAUGGAACUGGACCGGGAACGCGAGCACUGGCACAACAUUACUGUCAUUGCAACCCAGAGAGACAAUCCCAGCCAGGUGUCCAGAGCUGUGGUUGCAAUAGAGACAUUAGACCUGAAUGACAAUGCACCCGAGUUGGACAGGCAAUACACAACAGCCAUGUGCGACUCGUCCUCCAUUGGGCAGGUGGUGCAGGUGUUGCGGGCGAUUGAUAGAGAUGAGGGAGGGAAUGACAGCACUGUGUAUUUCAGCAUCCCUCCAGAGUCCGGCGCUGCGCUCAACUUCAGUGUCAGAGACAGCGGUGGUCCCACAGCCAGCCUGGUGCUACUGUCCCAGCUUCAUCCGCUGACCCGCUCCCCAUCCUCCACACUGACGCUCUAUGUGCCGCUGGUCCUGAGGGAUGGGACAUCAGGCCUCACGAGCACCGGGACGGUCACAGUUUCUGUCUGUCCCUGCCUGAGAGGAGGGGCUCGGGCCGAGGAGAAAGAGAAGGACAAACUGACGGAAGGCGAGUGGGACUGGGAAAGAGAGGCAGUGUGUCUCCCUCAGCAGUCCACAUUGCCUUCCCCAGGGCUCAGUACCGCUGCCCUGCUGGCUAUCCUGGCUUGUGUCGCUACCCUGCUUGCUGUCAGUGCACUGUCAUUGUCUUUGCGCCGUCAGAAGCGUGAUUCCCUGUCACCGUUAGAGGAAGACGACGUACGUGAGAACAUCAUAACAUAUGAUGAUGAGGGUGGGGGUGAGGCGGACACAGCUGCCUUUGACAUCGCUGCUCUCCAGAGUGCUCCGCACAGCACACGCUCACGUGGCUAUCGCACACUGGACAGCAGGAAUAUACGUUACACCCAACGUGGCCAAGACAAAGCUCGCACCUACAGCUGGGCUCAGAAUCAGGGUGUAGAUCACAGCUACUCAGGACCAGGAGGACCUCUCUAUGGUCGUCUCUGCUACAGCAGUCACACAUUACCUGUCCUCCGCCGUGCACCAGGGGGAACAGUUGAACCUGGCAUUGCAGAGCUGGGAUAUCGCUUUCCAGGAGGCCAGCCGGACCACUCCCUGGUCAUUCAGAACCAGGGUGCCAUGGUUGGGCCGAUGGAGUCCACGGCUGUGUACAUAGCUCCCACAGACCUCAGCACAGGAAGCCGAAUGGGCAGUUGCACGGGAAGCCGUGAUGGGACUGCACCACCGAGUGGCAUUAGCACAUCGGAUGGGGGAACUCCAAGGACCAGUGACAGUCAGGAGAGAGGAGGAGGGACAGGAACUGCAAGCAACUGCACGGAGGGGAGCAAUGAGGAUAAAGUGAACCACUGUCAAGAUAUGGAUUGGUACCAUACCCUACCCCAGCCCCGAACUGAAACCACUCGUCCUCGCCUACGUCUCCUUCAGGUGCAGUCGGAGACGUUACCCAGGGACCAUAAUCUCGUCAUGACCCGGUCUGGCUCCGUGAUUGGCCAGGGUCACGGGGCAGGAGGCUGGGUGUGUGACUCGGCCACCCUACCCCUGGCGGGACGCAGGGGCUCCCGUGUUGGCUUGUCCCCAAAACGCACAAUCUCUGGCCAGGCUGAGUCUGAUUCCAGUGGAGGAGGAAGAGGAGGAGGGGGAAGUGUCGGUGGAAAUGGAAGCGGGGGUACCUCCACAGAUGGACAACAGCAACCUACCAGUGGACGCAACUAUGCCACUGUGCUGCAGGGGGAGGUAUCUGGGCAGAGGGACUACCCUGGCAGCUUGGGGAGAGGAGGACUGGAGAUGGGAAGCAACUUUGUGGUGGUGAGGCCAGAAAGGGAGGGUGGAGGGAUAUCACUGAGCGGGACUCCAUCUGUCUACCCAGAAGCAGGCUUUAUUGGGGACUGGCGUGAUCGGGUGGGUCUGGGCAGUUAUGUUUUGGGCAGAAGGGAUAUGACCCCACAGCUUUUGCCGUUCCCUGGGCAGCCUCGGGGAGCAUAUGGUGGAGUGAUGGGCUUUGGGGCCAGCUGGGUUCCAGGAAUGGAGGCAGCAAGAGGAGCACCAGGGCCUGGGUGUCCCUCCUUGGCACUGAGGGUGGGUGAGUUCCUACGUCUGCGCCUUACCCAGGUCACUUUUGACCCCUCACAGCCACCGUAUGACUCUGUGCAGGUCUACGGCCUAGAAGGCACAGGGUCAAGGGCUGGAUCCCUCAGUUCCCUGGAGAGCGAAGGAGAGAAGGAUGCAGAGAAGGAAGACUGGGGGGCAGGCCUGGAAGAGUGGGGGCCCCAGUUCCACAAAUUAGCCCAACUCUUCAAAGAAAGGGAGAAAGAGAAGGAAGAGAACGAUAAAGUUGAAGAGGGUGCCAAAAAGGAGAAGGGAAAGAAGGAAGAGUUAGACAAGAAAGAAACAAGAGAGGGAGGAAAGCAAGCUGGAGAAGAGGGGGAAUGACUGAGGAAGGAUGAAAAUGAAACAAAUAGGGGCAAAGGGAGGAAGGGAGGGAAUAGGAGGAUGAUGAAAAGGCAACCAGGGCUGGUAUAAUGUGAAGAGAAGUUAAAGGGGAGAAAGAUGAAGAAGCACAGUAAUAAAAAGAGACAGAGAAAAAUGAGCCUAGGGAGGAUGGAAAAUGCGAAGGCAGGGGAGGGAGUGAUUGAUGUAAUUUAAAGCAAUAAGUGUUGAAACGCUGAUAUGGUUGAGCACAGAUACUAAGACAAUGCAGAGGCUGCUUCUGCUUUGGGCAGCAACAAAUUGUUAAACACUUUGGACAAAGAAAAACAACUCAAACAUCCAAGACUCAAUUUAAUUCAGCUCUCACAUAUGGAAUGAGAAGCAGCAGGAAACAAGGAAGACGUUUCUCAUAGUGUGUGUAUGUGUGUCGGUCUGUUCUUUGUGUCUGCACGUGUGUUUGUGAGUGAGGGAAUGUGGGUAUGCAAGCACAAGUGAAAAUAUGCACCUGUAUGUGGAUGUAUAUGUGCAUAUUUAACAGUGAUUGAGGAAGAGGAGCAGGGAGAAAUCAUGAUGCCUACAGACAGUUUAAAGACAAGACUGAGACACAUUCGUUUUCGGGACAGUGUGCAAAAGUAAAUAUUUAAAAAGCAAGUAGGAAAACACAGGGCAUAAAAUAAACAUUUCAAUAUAAAGCGAAUGGGACAAGUGAAGGAUGUAUAUAGAAACUCUUACUUUUUAUUCCAUUUGCAGUGGCAGAAAAGUAAAUAAUUCAGCUCACUACUUCAUUCCAAAUGAAAAUGAUGAAUCAUUUAAAUCCUGCAAAAGAUUCUCCCUCCUGUCAACCCACAAGGAACAAACAAACAAUGCAAAGAUUUGAUAUGAUUUAGGGAUGUGAUCCCCUACAACGAUUCUCAUACACAAAGACACAAAAGAACAGAUGAACACCAUCAGGCUUUGAUUGUACUACAGUAAAUUAUAAAAGCAAAACCAUCCACAAGAAUUCCAUCUACUACAUGGAGUAAUGAUGACUUUAUUAUUAAAGGUUUUCUGCAAGAAGUUGACCCCCACAGCCACACACAACGACAGACUCACUUGACACGUCUCGAGGACAAAGUAUGCAUCAUUUCGGAAAACAACAAAAAGCAUAAAAUGCUAAUCAGUUUCUGACUUUGAGCACUUGUACUGCCCAAAUGAGAAUUUCCACAGAUUUUUAAUGAAACUAAAGGGGAACAGCACCAGGGAGACAUCCCACGACAGGCUUUUUGUUCUUGUUAAAGGUCAGGAUGCAAAUGAGCUGGAGUUUUCAGCUGGAAUGCACUUUUAUACUGUGUGAUCUUCGAUAAUAGAUAAUGAAUAAUGUCAAAGACUACAGUUGUUUUAUAAGAUGUCAAUUAAACAAAAAGAUAUAACAUUUGACUGUAUGUAAAAUCAUUUCAAAUGUAAAUAUGACUGAAUAUUAUUGUUAAAAGAAAGUAUAUAAAAUGAAAAAUAAGUAAAAAAAAAAAAAAUCAAAACUCAAACUGGAGCACUGUUGGGACUAUCGCUAUGUACUGUAGAUUAGAAAUGGAUUAACUGAGCUGGACUUAACAGCCUCCUGGACUGAAAACAAUGAAAACUAUGUAUUCAACAUCUGUGUACCAAGUAAACAGGUUUGGGUUUGUUUCGUGGUAGCUUUCAUCUGAGAUGGACAAGCCAAGGACUCAAUUAUACAUGUGGCCUUUGGCAGAAGUUUGUUGUGCAAAAUAUUAGUUCCAGGAAGCUGGGAGCUAGCCUGUCCCAGCGAGGAGCCCUUUUGAUGAAAAUCCAGUGGCGUGUGGAGGCGAUCCUCCAAUGGAAAGAUACCAAAAAUAAUCUGUUUCCCCUAAGAUAUAGAUUAUUAUUAAGUAAUUGAAAUGAGUGUGGGGAUAUUUCUGUCAUUAGUGUUGCACUGCCUGAAAGACAUGAAACAAAGUUCUAUUGAUAGUUAAGAGUGUGAUUCGUUUUAUUUAAGUAUGAGAAAGGGACUGCCAAUCAGAAUUCAUCUUUCAUUCAGGCAAUGCGACUCCAAUGCCCUUAAUAUCACAUUUUGCUUUGUCUUAACUAGAUACAUCUAAAUUCUCCAAUUUUGUGGAAUAAUAACUUUAAUGUACAAUGUGCUCAAUUUUCCUGAAAUGCUGAGUUGUUUGCAUCCAGAGGGGAAUUUGCCACAUACCCUAACCUGAAUAUGGACGUCCUUGGUGUGCCAUCGCAGAAAUGUCAGCCUUUAUCACAGGUUCACUGUAAAGCCACCCACAUACUGUAAGUCGAGUUGCCAGCUUUGCUAGUGUCCACCAGUUUGGUUCACCAUAAUCUUAUUGUCAAGGUUUGCUGCUGUUAAUGCUUAGUUAACUAAUCAGGAAAUCAGGCUACACACUGACUGGAAUGAAACCCAUAUACACCUCUGAGCCCUUUAUACAGUAGUACCUGAGCCACAGAUUUGUCUAUACAGUGCCACUGUGCAGAGUGGAUGGUAUCAGGACCAGUAUAUAAACACUGCACAGUAACUGGUGGAGGGAGGGUUGCAGAACCUUGGCGGGAUCUGAAUCAUAAUUGAAUUUGGCUGAUGAGCAGUACCUCAAUGCCCUACAGCUACCUGAACCUUCUGUCAGCUAUGUAAGAGUAAUCCACCGUGGCAAAGGGAUAUGAGUUUUGAGACACAUCACAGUAAUAUAAUGUGUGCCAACUAUUCUUGUUUAUUAAAAUCUUGUCUGUUUUCAUUUAUUUCUGUCAGUAAUAAUUCCAUUGCACUCAAGUAAAUUGGUGAGAUUUGGGACUGGGCAACGUCACUAAAAGAAGUCCAGUGAGGCAAGAAACACAAGAUUAUGGGUUUUAAACAUUGUUUAAACAUUGUUAACAUUUGGCUUUUUUGUUUUUUUUAAACACAUGAUCAUCUAAAGGGCGGAGCGAGCUGUUGCAGUGUUUAUCUGAUCUCUGCUCCCCUUAAACUUUCAACAGUCUGUGGGGGUCAGAGAACAUUGCUCUGAAGGAGUGAGCCUUGUGAAUGAGAACUCAUGAAGAUGGUCACUUGUAGUCAAUAAAUGUAAUUCACCCACGAGACGGGGUUAGUUGAUGGAUAGCUGUUAGCUGGUAACUAAACUGCUGAUGUUUUCUAAUUCAUUUUGGCAAUUACAACUUCAGGUGUAUUACCAUCACCCUCCAGGGCAAACUAGGACAAUUUCUGGUUUGCACAUAGCCUGGAAAACCCAAGAGAGAUUGUGAUCAGAUAUGUCAUCUAGGCAACAGAAUUACAUACAUGUGGAUAUGAUAUGCUUGAAAUGACAAGUAUAAAAUGAGGCCUUUGGGUGUGCUCCCCUUUUAUUUACCUCCACAGAACCUAAUUGAACCACACUGAGCUGCUGGCUCCAGCUUGACUGACCUCUCGUCUUUCUUGCCCUAUCUCACUUUCUUUCGUGUUCCCUGGUCUCAGCAAUUAUAGGGAUGUGUAAAAUGGUAUCAUAUCUGAGAGAAAUGAUGAACAAAAAGUACAAAAACAAGACCCAAGUUUCAGUCAACCAGAAUGAUCAUUUACACCUGGAAUUAACUGCCAUGCAAUUGAGAAUGGACAGAAUAAACUGAAUGAUAUUUCACUAGUACACCUAAAAUGACUGCCAAAGAACUUGGAACCAUUUUGUUAUCAAAUUUAGUAUGGUUGUAAAGAACACUAAUGUGUUGCUUUGCCAGCAUUUAUGUGAAAUGUGCCAACUUUUUGAGUCUCUCUCUCUCCUUAUUUUCAUAACACUAUUGACAAUUUUUAGGCAGACACUGCAAAAGCAAGGAGCAUGGUAUACCAAUAAGUGUCCUUUCUUGCCAUUCUAAUUGUAUGGUUUAUUCCACAGCCUUGAUUGACUCCAGGUGUUUUAUCUCUGCUGAUUGGUCUAAUUCAAAGUUCUGCUCUGGCUGAUUGGUCAGAAUCAAAGUGAUGAUUCUCCUGAUUUGUCUUAUUUCAGAGUUCUGGAGAGCCAUGCAGACUGGCCACUUGACAGAGCUGAUUAUCCCCCCUCCUGAGCCCAGCAAAUUGGUUCAAUCAAAAGCAUGAUUACUUGAAUCAGUUGUUUUAAAUAGAAUAAAAGGCUGCAGUCUCUGCAGCACUCCACAACUCUUUUUCACUCUGUGCUGUAGAUGGUGACAGGCAAAAGUGGUCCUGUUAAGGCAUUUGUCAAGCGCUCUGUCAAAAAAGCGUAUACACUGAGGAGGGUGAACCCCCUCUCAAAGGAUGAGAAUACCAUCCUAAUAUCUAAAUAUGUUAAAUGUAGCUUAGGGGUGCACAGUGAAGACUUCUGGUCUUGAGAGUCCUUUUGAGCCCAAACAGAUAAACCCCACUGGUUCUGUGCCCUCCCCAGUGAUUCCAUUGUUCCUGCACGAUGUUGAUACAGUUUCACAGUUGUGUGCUAAACAAAGUGUAUUUAUUUCUGUUGUACUUUUUCUUUUUGUAAAUUUGAAUAAAAAAGCAA